UUUUUCUGGCAGAAAUGUACUCCUCUUUUUAAUCUGCAGUGGCCCUAAUCUGCCAUUAUAAUCCCUUGUGGUUAAAAUGUGCAAAGCAUCUCUGCUUUCAGCUGAGGAUGAUGAUGCUGCAGCAAAGCUGCCCAAUAAAGUUUUAAUUACCCCGAGGCAAUAAAAGGUUGCAGGCAGAGCAAUCACAUUCCAUGUUUCAGGUGGAUUUCUUUUUAUAUGUGCCAUCCUCUGAACACUGACCCCAUAAAACUUUAGGUAUUGGUUAAUUUUUUAUCUUUUCUUCCUUGGUUAUCCCUCCCAGCUUUAUUUCUCUGCGCUGUGGGGCAUAAAAAGCAGAGAAGAGGCGUCUUCCCCUCACUUUCACCAUUUUCCUCUGGGAUCUAACCGCCGCGUCAUCCACCAUGGCAUCGCUCACCUGCGAUGCUCUGGCCACGGUCUGCUCCGGGUCGGACUGCCUCGUGCCUCCCAGCAACUUCAACGCCAUCCUGGGUGUGGUGCUGAGCACGGUGCUCACGGUGAUGCUGGCGCUGGUCAUGUUCUCCAUGGGCUGCACCGUGGACGCCUCCAAGCUGUGGCACCACGUCAGGCGGCCCUGGGGCAUCUUCAUCGGCUUCCUCUGCCAGUUCGGCAUCAUGCCCUUCACGGCUUUUGCGCUGUCUUUGGCUUUCGGGGUGCUUCCGGUGCAGGCCAUCGUCAUCAUCGUCAUGGGCUGCUGUCCGGGAGGCUCCAGCUCCAACAUCAUCUGCUACUGGCUGGACGGAGACAUGGACCUGAGUAUCAGCAUGACGACCUGCUCCUCCAUCUUGGCUUUGGGCAUGAUGCCGCUCUGCCUGUUCGUUUACACCAGCGUCUGGACUUCCAGUGACACCAUAAAGAUCCCCUUCGACAGCAUCGGAAUCACACUCGCAGCCCUUCUCAUACCCAUUGCAGUUGGGAUUCUUGUGAAAAGCAAGUGGCCUCUGGUUGCGAAAAAGAUCCUGAAGGUGGGUUCCAUCGCCGGCUUUGCUCUCAUCAUCAUCAUUGCCGUGGUUGGAGGCGUCCUCUACCAGUCGUCCUGGGUCAUUGCUCCCUCCUUGUGGAUAAUUGGAACCAUCUACCCCUUCAUUGGGUUUUUUCUUGGUUUCCUGUUGGCCCGGUUCGUGGGUCAGCCCUGGUACAGAUGUCGAACGAUUGCGCUUGAAACUGGUUUCCAGAACUCCCAGUUGUGCAGCACCAUCGUCCAGUUGUCUUUCACCCCUGCAGAGCUGGAGGUCAUGUUUGCGUUCCCUCUCAUCUACAGCAUCUUCCAGCUGGCUGCGGCCGUUUUAGCUGUGGGCGCCUACCAAGGGUACAAGAGGGUUUGUGGAAAAGGUGACGGCGCAGACGAUGAGGCCAGAUCAGUAGACGACUUGCCUAAAAACACCAAGAACAGCUACGAUCUGGACAACAAAGCCUUCGAUUCCAGCGAAAUGAAUGGCACCUUCUCCAUAAAGCACUGAGACUCCAACACACUGCAGAAAACUGUAGACCUCCUGAAGACCAUCACUGAACUGUGGACACACUCCGCCCCCUAAAGGUUGAAAUGUGUAAUGCAAAGGAAAAAUGCAACAGUUGGACGGUGCGUGGCGCCCCUGACUGACCCAUUCUGUGUUUGAGCUUAAUAUUCUGCUUCAUUUUUAAUUUAUUCAUGUAGAUAUUUAAAAACAGUGCCAGCUCCACUGCAAAACCUACAUUUUACCAAGUAUUUUAUAGUGCAAAUACAUUAGUACUCUUGAAAUAAGACAAAACUGAUCUAUAAGUAACU